AUGAAGGCCGUGAGGGGCCUGCCGUGGAAGGCCGCACGCAUAUGGGCCAAGCUGGACGCUCAGGCCAGCAGGCGGGACUACGCCGGGAGGCCCUUCCGGGGCAGGCACGUCGUGGUCGUGGGCGCGGGGCCGGUGGGGCUCCGCUUCGCGCUGGAGGCCCGCCUCGCGGGCGCGAGCGUCACCGUGCUGGAGAAGCGGGGCGACUUCGUGCGCAUCAACAGGAUGCACCUGUGGGACUGGGUGAAGCAGGACCUCAUCCUCUGGGGCGCGAAGGACUUCUCUCCGCCCGGCGGCAGCUUCGGCGUCGACAAGGAUUACGUGCACAUUGGCAUCUCGGAGGCGCAGCAUCUGUUGCUGAAGUGCUGCUUAUUGCUGGGUGUAUCGGUCGAGCUCGGGGUGGAGUUCCGCUCCGUGAACCCCGUGGGCGGUCACUGGCUGAUGGAGACGCACCCAGCGCUUACGAAUGGCAGAGACCGUCUGCCUGUCGACGCCAUCGCUUGCGCAGAUGGGGCCGCGUCCAGGAUCGCUAUCUCGAACGGCUCGAAUCCCAAGAAGACGGGUCUUGGCAAGGAGGGGAAAGCAAUUGGCAUAGUGUCGAAUUUUGUAAAUUCUGGUACGCAGGCGGAACGUGACGUGCGCCAGUUUUCUUGGGCCUACCAGUUCCAGAGGCCCCUUUUUCAGCGGCUCAAGGCGAAAGUGGGGCUCAACCUCGAGAACAUAGUGUAUUAUAGAGGCGACGAGAACCACUACAUGAUCAUGACGCCGACGAAGCAGUGCCUCUUAGACACAGGCUGCCUCCGCUGCCCCGAGCCAGAAGGUGUGCCUCUCCUGGACACGUCGAACGUGGACAUCGACACGCUGCAAGACCUCUCUAGGCAAGUAGCCGAGCACUUCGGCAUCCCACAGACGUUCACGCCGAAGCAGUCGUGCAUGGCCUUUGACUUUUCCGACACGCGGCGGCACGAUCGCAGCGUGAUCUUCAAGAGGGAGGAGGGCGCGCCCGUGCUGCCGCUGUGCCUGGUCGGCGACGCCCUGCUGGAGCCGUUCUGCUACGGGCCCCAUUGCACCGACGUAGUGACCUCGCCUUGCGGCGCUGGCGACCCGAGCCGGGCCUGCGAGGCCCAGGAGGCCGUUUUUGCCAACGCCGACAUGGCCUUCAACAUCCAGGAGUGGCAGGUGGACCCCUCCACACGCUACAAGGGCUUCUCCGCCCCGGCACGGCCCGCAGCCGCCGCCGCCGCGAGCGGCAUUGGGCAGGUGGCGAACGACUUCGACUCCGCCUUCUUGCCUUGCAGCACGCUUCUCCGGGCCCUGGUUCGCCAUGGACUCCGGGGCGUCCUGAUCAGGUCUUUGGGAGAGGCCGGGGCCCUGGGCGCCGACCCCAGUGGAGCUCUCGGGGAAGUCGAGGACAUCGAGGCCGCCGCCAAAGCCGGCAUCGAGCACGCCCGCUCUGGAGGUAUUGAUCUUAACGCGACUAAGACAUUCACCAUCCUUCUACAGAGUUUGCCGGCCGCGAUGCUGUCGACGCUGAGGGCCCCAGCCGCCGCCCACGCGCGGCGGGCGCUGCCACUCGCUGCCGUGGGCGCCCGCAGCUUCGCCUCGGCCAAGGACAUCCGCCAUGGCAGCGAUGCGAGGGCCCUGAUGCUCGAGGGCUGCAACCGCCUUGCAGAUGCGGUCGCGGUGACGAUGGGCCCCAAGGGCAGGAACGUCGUCAUCGAGCAGUCCUUUGGAGCCCCGAAAGUGACGAAGGACGGGGUAACUGUUGCGAAGGCUGUGGAGAUGAAGGCCACCCCUAUGAUCAACGUGGGGGCUCAGCUGGUGAAGACGGUGGCUAGCAAGACCAACGACGUUGCCGGCGACGGCACCACCACCGCCACCGUGCUGGCGCGCGCCAUCUUCCGGGAGGGAUGCAAGGCCGUGGCCGCCGGCAUGAACCCCAUGGACAUCAAACGCGGCAUGGACGCCGCGGUAAAGGUCGUGCUGGAGGAGUUGGCCGCGCGGGCGACGACCAUCGACUCGCCCGCCAGCAUCAGGAGCGUGGCCACCAUAGCGGCAAACGGCGACACGAGCAUCGGCGACAUGAUCACCGAGGCGUUCGAGAAAGUCGGCAAGGACGGGACCAUCACGGUCGCGGACGGCAAGACCAUGGAGCACGAGCUGGAGGUCGUGGAGGGCAUGAAACUCGACAGGGGGUACAUCUCGCCGUACUUCGUCACGAACGCCAAGGCCCAGAAGGUCGAGAUGGAGAGCCCCCUGAUCCUGAUGUACGACAAGAAGAUCUCCUCCGUCCAGGCGAUCCUCCCUCUCCUCGAGCAGGUGGCCAAGCUGCAGAAGCCGCUGCUGCUGUGCGCGGAGGACGUCGACGGCGACGCGCUCGCCAUGCUGAUCGUUAACAAGCUGCGAGGUGGCCUGAAGGUUGCGGCCAUAAAGGCUCCUGGAUUCGGGGACAACCGCAAGGCCAUCAUGAACGAUUUGGCCGUCCUCACAGGCGCGGAGCUCAUCAGUGAGGAGACAGGCGGCAAGCUAGAGGAUGUCCAGCUGUCCCAGCUCGGGACUGCCAAAACGGUGACGAUCGGCAAGGACGACACGAUCCUGCUGGACGGCGCGGGAGACAAGGCCAGAAUAUCCGAGCGCUGCGAGGAGAUACGCGACGCGAUCGACGCCUCGACGUCGGAGUACGAAAAGGACAAGAUGAAGGAGAGACUUGCGAAGCUCAGCGGUGGCGUUGCCGUCAUCAAGGUCGGCGGCGCCAGUGAAGUCGAGGUCAACGAGGUCAAGGAUAGGCUGAACGACGCGUUGAAUGCUACGAAGGCUGCACUGGAAGAGGGUAUCGUGCCUGGCGGUGGGACGGCGCUGCUGUUUGCGUCUUCGAAGCUGGAGAGCCUCAAGCUGGAGAACCUCGACCAGCAGGUUGGAGUGGAUGCAAUCAAGGCCGCCAUCAAGCAGCCCUGCAUGCAGAUCGCGCAGAAUGCGGGUGCGGAGAGCGGUGUGGUCGUCCAGACGUUGUUGAAAGAUGAGACGCGCACCUUGGGCUUUAAUGCUGCGACCGGCGAGUACGUCUGCAUCAUAAGUCGCGGGCAUCAUCGACCCCACCAAGGUCGUCCGCACCGCGCUGGCGGACGCCGCCUCCGUGGCCUCCCUGAUGACGACCACGGAGGUCAUCAUCGCGGAGGAGAUGGAGGAGAAGGCGAACGCGGCCGGCGGAGUCAGUGGCCGGAAGCCGUCGCCUUACGAGAUGGCGGGCCAGCGGCAGAACAUGCCCUUCUACGGAAACUGAGGCGGCGACAGCAGAGUGGCAGAGACGCCUUCCACUGGACACAGAUUGGUGGAGCACUCCAGUGGAGGGUGUCCAGCGGAGGGAAAGAUGAAGGAGAAGAAGAAGAGGAAAGGCGAAUACAGGAUCGAAAGUUUGCUGUGUUGUAUGACCAGGCUGAGGCAACCAAGGGCGAGGCGAAAAAGCUGGACGCCUUCCAGGCGCUGUGCCUGCGAAGAGUGGUUGGCGUAAGCCUUUCGUACGUUGGUCACGUCACCAAGGACGCCGUGCGUGCCACCUGUGGCUGCGGGAAGCUCAGUUCUCUGCAGGCAUAUGGACAAGUGGUGCCCGACAGCCAGAUACAGUCGGGUGGUGCCCGACAGCCAGAUGGCAGUGCCGUGGGACGUUGCGUCUUCGCGCCAGUGAGUUUCGUCUCGGCCCGCCCGGGGAGUCCCCGAAAGCGUGGCCGUCCCAGGAUCCCUUUGAGCCGAUGUGUCUUCGCUUUGGCAUGCCAGGCAGCGAGGGGCGCGCAGCGGCCAAGCGCUUCUGCGUCGAUGCGCCGGCACGAGCCCAGCGUUGCGCACGCCCCCGUGCUGUCUACCAAUGCGCCACAGAGGUGCGCGGCUCGCUCUCUCUUUUGUUGUUCUUUUGUUCCUAUCUCUCUCUCUCUCUCUCUCUCUCUCUCUCUCUGCACAAGCAGAUCAUGCGCAACCACUACACAAAUGGAGGGUAGUGCCGCUGAGUAUUGUCUCGAAUUCUAG